AUGGCAUCUGGCGGUUGGGUGGGAGAGCUUGAUAAGAAAGAACACAAAAACUGGGUGAUGGUUGGUUGUGCCCUGAAUAUUACCAAAAAGGGAAUUACAUCUAAAAUUCAAAACAAAAUGGAAGCUUGGUACCAGUCCCUUCUUUCCAGUCCUCCGCUUCAGUCACUUCCAUCUUGCGCUUGCGCACCUUCAGCACCAAAGUGCGCCACGUGCGUCACCUGGGAAAUGGAACUGAAACGUCACCACAAGUCCGGGCGACCAAAAAUUUGCUGGGACAACAGUGACCGAACACAGUGGGGAUCUCCGACUGGGGCAUGGGAGAUAGCUAAAGUCUUUAUUCCAACUCUAGGCAGUCGUAAAAAAGAUGUAGUCGACGCUGAAACUACGGACAUUGGUGGUCUUCUUAACCUGCUUGAAUGGUGUCCUUUUAUUAAUCCUUCUACGAGUCGAACAGUUUUGUCGUCGGCAAGAGAUGAGUGCAGGAAUCAUUGGGCGCAUGCUCCGAAACAGGAAAUUCAAGAUGCCAAUGUUUCAACCAUAUUCGGUCAUCUUAAUAAUCUGCUCAAUGACGCCGUGUUCAGUGCUGACAAAGACGCCCAGCAGUCGUCGAAAGACUUACAAGAUUUGUUUCAUAAGGGUCUGAUAAACGUGAGGGAGUCUGAAGUAGAGGCUCUUCACUUACUUCGCCACUCACUUGUGGCUGAUUUGACAAAAUGCCAAGAUGACGUGUCUGAUGUUCAGAGUAGCAUUUUGAAAGUAGAUGCAGAGAUGAAAAAGAUCAAGAUGGUUAUGCAGAGCGAUUUAUCUGACGUGAAAGAAAAAGGGGAUCUAAACAGAGAAGAGAUAAACAAGUUGGCACAGCAUUUGGAUGAGUUAAAAGACCUGAUGGCACAUUAUUCUAAUGACUUAUCCACCAUUCUAAAAGCUGUCGAUGAUUUCAACGGAUUUCUGAGUAAGAGAGAUGACCUGAAAGAAGGCUUCGAAGCUAUCCAAGGUGACUUAGAAGUUGUGAAAACAAAACUUAAUGUAACACAGUGUAAAGUUGCCAACACUGAAACCUCCCUAGCAAGUUUGAAAGACAAAGUAAUAGAAGUGCAGAAAGUGGCAAUGGAGACAUCUACAGAGGUGUCUGUUUUGCAAGAAAAAGUGGUAGUCUUGGAAAAAGGGCAAGCCACACAGGAACCGAAUGACAGAGAUGAUGACGCGUUGUGCACCGCUCCAAGUAGGUUACCACUGUUCACAGGCCGCAAGUCAGCUCUUGAUUGGCUGGAAAAGAGCCUCCUUUCGGAGAGCGUUCAAGCCAACCCACAGACUUCCUGUUGCACUAAAACAAUAUGCGGUCUUGGAGGCUGUGGCAAGACAUCUUUGGCUGUAGAAUUCGCUUGGAGCCACAAAAAUCGCUUCCCGGGUGGCUUAUUCUGGGUCAAUGGGGAAAGCGAAGAAAAUAUAAAUAAAUCAGUUGCUGAGAUACUUUCUCUGAGAAACAUUCCUACCUCGACAAAUGACGGCAUCGAUGACACUUUGAACAAAUUCCUUACGUGGUUGUCCAAGAAGGACCUUCCGUGGCUUCUUGUGAUGGACAAUGUGGACGAAUUGCAAGAUCCUAUGUGUCCUGCAAGUGUCAAGAAAAUAUGCAAGGGACCUUGGCAAAGAACUGUUAAAUCACUAAAGAACGGCCACAUACUUAUUACAACAAGGCAAAACGCAAAAGACGCAAAGGCUUUUCUGAGGUACUCAACUGAUGAUUUUUUAGAGUUGUCAUGCUUUAGCGCAGAGGAUGGAGCUUUGUUCUUAAUGAAAAGAACUGGUCUUCAAGUAGAAUCCCUUGACGCAGAUGCGAUGUGUCUGACAAAAGAGCUGGGUGCAUUGCCACUAGCCCUAGAGCAGACAGCAGCAUACAUAACUACAAGUCCUAUCCCACUGAGCUUUACUGAAUACCUAGAAAAAUUCCAAGUAGUGAAGAUGCGCCUUUUAAAGCAACAGCCUGCUACAGCACUUAGCAUAGAAGCCCAACAUCGCUUGUCAGUGCACACAACUUGGGAAUUGAAUUUCGAGUUUGUAAAGGAACAGUCACCAGCUGCCGCCAGUAUGAUGCGAAUUUCGGCCUUUUUGGAUUCUGAGAAUGUUCCCAUUGACAUCAUUAAUCCUGGUCUGCCUGAACUGGAUCAAGAGGAAUUGAGGGAAUGUGCGCGUUCUAGGAUCGACAUUGCUUCCAUUCUUAAGGUACUGUCAAGUUAUUCCUUAUACUCAGUCGAUCCUCAAAACAAAGUUUUCUUUGUUCACAAACUUGUUCAAGAAGUUGUCAGAGCCAGUCUUACGCAAUCACAAAGGGUCGAGGCUUUGGUUGCAGCCACGCGAGUUCUUCACUAUGCAUUACAGACCAAAUAUGCGUCCUGUCCCAAACUAGAAAGAUACACUAAGAUAGGGCCUGACCUGUCACUCUUUAAGGAAGAUGAACGAAAUAUUCUUUUUGCCCUCGUUUUGAAUUUUCGCAAGCUCAAGAAUCACAUCGAAGACGAAUUUACUUCAUCAAAAGGAAAAAUGCCUUCGCUCUGUAAUGCUGAAACCUGUAACCUGUGCUCAUUAGUAACCGGGUUGAUUUCCACCAAUAUUUUUUUAAAUCGAUUAAAAUCUGAGGUCGCCGAAUUUCAGUUGAAAGUCGCGAAACUAAGUGGCGUUCUUAAUUCAAAUGAGUUACUUCUGGUAAUGCUUAAUGCAAGUCUUUGUUUAAAAAAUUGUCAGUGUUUUGAAAAGUACCAAGAGGCGAAGACGAUGGCACAAGAAACUGUACAGAAGCUGUGCGAAAUGGAGAAGUCUGGGAUUGUUAUAAAUCCAGAUACCAAAUUUAAAGUCCAUGAGCACAUGGCUUCUUUUUACGCAUCAGAAUGCAGAUGGGAGGAAAAUUAUAAAGCUUUGCUGGAACUAGAAGGCUUGCAAUUGAGUGACGAUAAUGUGGUAAGUCUGCAGAUCAAAAUAGCAAGGGCAGAAAAUUACAUGUCGGCUGGCAACUUUCAGUGCGCUUUGGAGCGUUACAAGAAAGCCCUCAAAAUUGCCAGACGUAUUUACAGUCCUGAUCAUCCUGAGCUGUUACGUGUUUUACAGUUUAUCUGUUGUCACUUGCAACAAGAAGGAAAGCUUCAUGAGGCGCGAAUAUACGCCAAAGAAAUGUUGCCUAUUGCGAAGAAACAACCAUCUACAUCUGAUUUUUACAUCCGAGGAAUAACAGGCGCUUUAUUAAUCGAAUCUUAUUUCGAUCCACAUAGCGCUGAAGACACACUUCUUCGUCUUUUGGAGGACAGGUGGCCUGUUAUGUACAAAUGCAUUCAAUCUGGUGUGGUUGGCGACCAUUUGAAUAUCGACGAACAUGUAUUUAAUGAGGGCAGCUACAACCACGCAGCCAUGGUUUUAGAAGGGUUGCUCAACUGUUUCUUUGUAAUCUCACAUUCCGGUGUUAAACAGAAAAGAAGUAGACAUAAUAAACAAAAGGGAAACUUCUAUCGUGGUAUUGCAAGGAUGUUAGUGUCAAUCAAAAAGAAAAUGUAUGGAGAGAGCCACAUUGAAGAAAUAAAGGCGCGUCACUAUCUUGCAGAGGUGCACAAGAUCCUGGGAGUUAAGGAAGAAGACUCUAACUUUCAAGAACAAUUAAGACAAUAUCUUGAUGGACCAGUAAACCAAUCUUAUUCAAGGCCUGAAGUUGAUUUCAAUGUUAUACUUGCGAGGAAGUGCAAAGACAUUGCUGGCGAUUGUUUUAAGAAACAAAAUUAUCCGAAGGCACUAGAGAUCUAUGAAAAGUUGCUAAAUCGAUUGCCAAAUGACGCUAAGCUGUUAACUAACAGAGCGGCAACGUACGUUAAGCUUUCAGAACAAAACGCUCACCAGGCUACAGCAACUACAGAAACCCAAAGAAGACUUAUUAAAGACGCUCUUCGGGACGCAGAGAAAGCAGUAGCUGUAGAUCCUUCUUGGUUUAAGGGUUACUACUGGAAGCCUGUUUGUCUUGCGAAGCUUGGACAAAGAGGGCCAUCACUUGCUGCAGCUGCAGUUGCGGGACAUCGCUUUCCAUCACAGUGCACUGAUAUACCUGCAGUGAUGCAGCACUUUGGAAGUUACAGUACAAAUGUGAUAACUACGGUGGACAACCUUUAUCACGCCGCCGAGAGAGCAGACGGCAACAAUCUUGUUAUUUUACUCAAGGAAGGGAGAUAUGAGUUACCAAGGCCACUGAAAGUUCCAGCGAACGCAGUAAUGGUUGGCAUCGGAAAAGUCCAAAUUAUCUGCCCAAGGGGUGUACCACUGAAACUGGAUGAAACCGUUUACACUGAGAACAUAGAGCUGCUAGAAUCACAAACGAUUACGAGUUCAACAGAUGACUCUGGUCAGGAAGACGUUAUAUCUUUGCCUGUACCCUCAGGGUAUGACAACUCCAGCUCCAACAGCGAGUGCAAGGUGAACUAA